AUGGAAUCAAAUAAGGAAAUACUUACAUCUUCAUCUAACCAAACAAAUCCUAAAAGUCCCAAUUCUAACAAUUCUAAUGAUAAUUUAAAAUUCAUUGAUUAUUCUCGUUUUGAAAAGAUCAAUGAAUUAAGACUUAAUUUAAAUGAAUUGGGUAUAGAAUUAUUUAAAGCAAUUUGGAAAGAUACAAAUUCUAAUGUUUUAUUAAAGAAAUUUCAUUCUCAAUAUUUGGAAAAUAUAAAAUUAUUUUAUAAAUCAUGUCACCAAAGUAUUUUACCAAUAUUCGGUUAUACUAAAAAUCCGAAUAGCGAAGAUGUCGAAGAUUAUUUUUUGAUAAUAGAAUAUCCUAACGGAGGAAAUUUACGAAAUUAUAUGAGUGAAAAUUAUCAAAAACUUUCUUGGAAUGAUAAAAUGAGAUUUGCUGUUGACUUAACAAGUGGUUUACAAUGUAUACACAGUUAUGAUAUCGUACACUUAAAUUUGCAUCCAUUUAAUGUAUUUAUCCAUAAUAAUAGGUUAUUAAUAGGAGAUAUAGGACUUUCAAAACCUACACCUGAUAUUACAAUACCCGAAAAUAAGAAAAUUUUACCUUAUGUUGAACCUGAUUCGUCCUUACCACGUGACAAAAAAUCUGAUAUAUUUAGUUUAGGUUUCAUAUUGUAUGAAUUAUCAAGUGGAAAACCACCUUUCGCUUCGGCUCGUCAUAAUCUUGAUUUAAGUAAAAAAUUAUUAUCAGGUGAAAGAGAAAAACCUAUCGCGGGUACUCCUAUUGAAUAUAUUGAUUUAUAUGAACAAUGUUGGGAUAAUGAUCCUAUUGUAAGACCAAGUGCUGAAGAUGUAUUAUCUAGAUUAGGUAGAAUGAAUUUAUCUACAAUUUAUGAGGAUACAGAAAUUAAGACUUUUAAGACAAACAUUGAAAAAAAGAAUGUUAAUUUUAAUAACAAAAGGAAUGAAAUUGAAGUUAUAUCCGAGACUUCAACACACAAUCGACUCGAUUCUGUCGUACUUGAUUUUGGUGGCGGAGUAGAUAGCGGAUUUGGUAGUGUCACGAGAGAGACGACCAAUUCCAAAAGAAAAGAAAGGGAAAAAAUGUCAACUUUUACCAUGCUUACCAAAAUGUAG